AUGAAAGCGACGUGCGCAUGGUUCAUUGUGGCUGCAUCAAUUGCAUCUGCUGCGUCAGAAUCUCCACGACCUCGCGGUGUUGGUCCGGAAUUCGCAAAGUUCUACAAGGAUGUUGAAACAUUUACUUGCAUUUCGAAUCCGUCAAUCAAGAUCCCUUUCUCCCAAGUCAACGAUGACUAUUGCGACUGUCCCGAUGGCUCAGAUGAGCCUGGAACUUCUGCCUGCUCGUACCUCUCUCCGCUCUCGCCUUCAACUCUCUCAGACACUACCAACAAGGACCAAAUAAAUUCGACACAAGUUUUGCCUGGAUUCUAUUGUAAGAACAAAGGACAUCAGCCCAGCUAUGUCCCCUACACCAGCGUCAACGACGGCUUCUGUGACUACGAUCUCUGCUGUGAUGGUAGCGAAGAAUGGGCUGGAGUUGGCGGUGUCAAGUGCCAGAACAAUUGCGACGAGAUUGGCAAGGAGUGGAGAAAGAAGACCGAAUCGCGUCAGCGUGCUCUGAACAACGCGAACAAGAAGAGAAAGGAAUAUACCACCGAGGCACAACGUUUGAGAAAGGAGGUCGAAGACAGAAUCAAGACACUGCAAACUCAGCUCAAGGCUUCGGAGAUACAUGUCACCGACAUGGAGAAGGAGCUUGCUGAAGUGGAGCGUCGCGAGAAGGGCAAGGUCGUCAAGAGCCAGGGUGCUAAGCAGGGCAAGAUGGGCGUACUCGUCAGCCUUGCAAAGCAGAGAACCGAAGAGCUGAGAGAUCACCUCGUUCGUGUCCGUCAGGAGCGUGAUACCUCAAAGGAACGUGUCACGGAGCUUGAGGCCAUUCUGUCGACCUUCAAGGAGGAGUAUAACCCCAACUUCAACGACGAAGGUGUCAAGAGAGCUGUCCGUGCUUGGGAGGACUAUGCUGCUCGUGACAAGAGCGGUGAUGACACUUCGGCACAUGACAGAGAUCUGACCGAAAUCACCAAGACUGACAAGGACAACGGUCUUGACUGGGAGUCGUACCUCGAGGCCGAUGGCGAGGACGUCGAAGUUUUGUAUGAGAUCGAGAACUAUCUGCCCAAGCCCCUCCGCGACUGGGUUGAUCAGAAGCUACGCGAUCUUCGUGUCAUGCUCAUCGAGAACGGUAUCCUCGCAGAUCUCUCAUCUGAGGGAGGCGAGUCAUCCGUUGUCACCAGCGCAAAGAAUCGUCUCAAGGCCGCACAAGACGCUGUCACCAAUCAACGCAAAGAUCUCGACUCCCACAACGAAGACCUGAACAAGGACUACGGCCCAGAUGGUGUCUUCCGUGCUCUCAAGGGCCAAUGUAUCUCCGUCGACUCUGGCGAGUACACGUACGAACUCUGUUUCAUGGAACACACAACACAAAAGUCAAAGAAGGGUGGCAGUAGCACACGCAUGGGCAACUUUGUCCGCUUUGACAAGAUUACCGUCGACGAAGAUGUCUCCGCUGAUGGCAAGGGUCUCGGCUCUGGUGAAAGAAUCGCCAUGAGACAUGAGAAUGGCCAACAUUGCUGGAACGGACCCAAUCGUAGCACUACUGUCAUUUUGGCUUGUGCCGAACAACAUGAGAUCUGGAAGGUGUUCGAAGAGGAGAAGUGUGUUUAUCGUAUGGAAGUCGGCACUCCUGCUGUCUGCGAGGCUCUCAGGAAGACAGAGGCCGAGGUCAAGGAUGAGUUGUAG